GGCAAGGCGGGGCCGUGUGGGCGGGCCGCCGCCCCCGGGGCCCUCCGCGGCCCCCGCGGCCCUGAGCAGGCCUGGCCGGCCUGAGCCCCGAGGGAGGCCACCGGCGAGGGGAGAGGCGUGCGGCCCGCAGAGAAGGGUCCAGCUGGACCGGAGAGCGGGGUGCUGAGGUCCAGCACGCAGGGCGGGCCCGGGGGGGCCUGAGCGGAAGGGGAGAGUGUGCCCGCGGGAGCAGGGGCCCCUGCGACCGCCGCUCCGCAAGACAUAGCAUGGGUGAAGGCCCCGGACCCUGGAGACGCGGGAGGGGGAAGGCCACAGGCAGGUGUUCAAGAAUAGCCCAUGGAAGAAUCAUAUGAAGAGGUGGUGAUUAAGGUCAUACAGCAGGCGUGGACAUGUUUGGAUUUCCAACAGCUACCCUGCUGGACUGUCAUGGAAGAUAUGCGCAGAAUGUAGCAUUUUUCAAUGUGAUGACAGAAGCCCACCACAAAUAUGAUCACUCUGAGGCCACAGGAUCCACAAGCUGGGAUUUCCAGAAUUCUUUCAGAAGAGAGAAGCUGGAACAAAAAUCCCCAGAGUCUAAGACACUACAGGAAGAUUCACCUGGAGUGAGACAGAGGGUCUAUGAGUGUCAGGAAUGUGGAAAAUCCUUCAGGCAAAAAGGUAGUCUAACCCUGCAUGAAAGAAUCCACACUGGUCAAAAGCCCUUUGAGUGUACCCAUUGUGGAAAAAGCUUCAGGGCCAAAGGCAAUCUUGUUACACAUCAGCGAAUACACACAGGAGAGAAGCCCUAUCAGUGCAAGGAGUGUGGGAAAAGCUUUAGUCAACGAGGUAGUCUGGCCGUUCAUGAAAGACUCCAUACCGGACAGAAACCCUAUGAGUGUGCUAUUUGUCAGAGAAGCUUCAGGAAUCAAAGUAACCUUGCUGUUCAUAGAAGAGUUCACAGUGGUGAAAAGCCCUAUAGAUGUGAUCAGUGUGGAAAAGCCUUCAGUCAGAAAGGAAGCUUAAUUGUUCACAUCAGAGUCCACACAGGCCUAAAACCCUAUGCCUGCACACAGUGCAGGAAGAGUUUCCACACCAGGGGCAAUUGUAUCCUGCAUGGCAAAAUCCACACAGGAGAGACACCCUAUCUGUGUGGCCAGUGUGGGAAAAGCUUCACUCAGAGAGGGAGUCUGGCUGUGCACCAGCGAAGCUGCUCACAAAGACUCACACUUUGACCACCCUCUUCAAAGGAAGUUCUCUUUAUGAAUUAAAAGUAAAAAAAAAAAAAAAACAAAACCUCAGACCAAGCAACCUAUCCGAUUCUAUGGAAUGAAUGGAGACUUUCAAAAAGACCAUCAUUGGGUAGGACAAACUGACUUUUCUCCUUUCCCCCAAAUGAGUAUGAAAAAUAAAUGUGUUGUUUAUUAUCAUUAUCA